AUGCCAGGGUCUUUUCUCACCGAGCCACAAGACCAUCCAAGGCCCGCGGUUCCGGGCCCAUCUUCGCUUUUUUCUGACCAGGAGUCUUUGAAUCUGGCUGUGGAAAGAGAGUUUCAGACGAUUUUUGCUUCCAAGGAGCUUGGCGCUUCCAAAACAGCUGCACAGAAACAUCUUAUUGGACAGCUAGAUACACUUACGUAUCUCAUUAUAGGAUACCAGUUUCUUAGGUACACCCAUGGCUCGUGCAUGCCACCAACAUUGGCUCAUCUCUUAGUGCAGUUUCUGCUUUACUCUCGCCACUUCACCGCCAUGGGGCCGGGAAGUGGGCGCCAAAUCUUUGCAGAAUACCUCAACUCUCGAGAACAGCACUUCCAGGCCGCGGGCCUCUCAUUCGACCGGCAGCAAAUCAUCGAUUUCAUUUUCCUGCGAAUGCGCAAUGUGAUCCUAUGGAAGUUCUUGGUAUGCCUAGUGUAUCACACGCUUCUCGUUGUGCUUUAUCUUCGGCCUUUAGCGAACAAAGAUCGCCUUCAUUUCUUGCAGAACGGCUCCUGGUACUUUGUGUCUUUUGUGGGUGAAGAGAUUUCACGUCACAACCUAGCUUCAAGUUCCUGGUGGCUCCAGCUCUGGCAGUUGGGACUCUUUGGCCUCUUGGGAAUGGACGUGGUGAUUUUGAUCUUUCAGCUAAUUUUGUACCAGAGCAUAUUUCUCCAGUCCACAAUUUCGCCUAAAGGCCUUCGUCUUAACGAGGCUGAAUGUGAUAUUCUAAGGGCUGAAGGCCCAGGUCCAGGUCUUGGAAUCGACACAACUAGCGACGGCGUGCCUGACAUCUUCCACAUAAAGCUUUAUGAGUCCUUGGGUGAAGACCCCUUGGCUGAGUUUGACUCAUAA